AUGGAGUUCCGGCAUGUUAGCAAGCUCAUCGACCUCUUCAUUCUUCCGUUGGUCAAGUGCUGCCCUCGUGAGCUGUUGGGAGAAUGGAUUUUGAAGCUCUUACUACCCUUGCUCAGUGAAUGUGGGUACGCACUUUCUGACGCGUGGUUCAGUCUUCUAAAUGAAGGCCAGGGUCAUGACCUCCCUUAUUUAGCUCACUCCUUCGGCUAUCUUGGUGGGUCGGAGGAAAGAGUAAAGAAGUUAGAAGGUUGUCUACUGCUUGACAUGACUCGCAAAGUCUCCAAGUUGCUUGGGGUUCUAGCAUCCGUGGAACCAAAUGAUGCGCUUAUGCGUUUGGACCUGCUUCCUGGCAUUACGGUGAAGACCGCUUCAUUGUGUGAUUCGAAGUGUGCAGCAACUUACUCUGUGGUUGGAUAUACUAUACUUGAUGAUUGGUUUAUCAGAAUGUUAAACAUGAACCUUUUUGGGUCAUGGGUUGACGGUGAAGCAACGAUGGACGCUCUUCCCUUCUGUCAUGCUUUGGUCCAAGUUGCUGUCGCUACAAAACAUGUGAAACUCAGACGGUUAAUCGUAGAUGCUAUGCUUCCAGCUACAAUUAAGCGUCUCUGUGACGAUCUUCCAUGUGCGGUUCAGCAGACAAUCAGAAAGUUAAGUUGCCAGCUGAACCCAAGCAAGAGCAAAACGGCUACCGAAGAUCUUUGGGUCCUAUGUGAAGCGAUUUAUAAAGUUUUUAUACAAAACCCGGAUUUCACUAUUGAAGAUCCAGACCGUGAGAACACAGUUGACCGGUUUAAAGAUUGGUUUUCAAGGCAAAAGCAAGAACUUCUUGUGAAAGCAUCUUGUCCUAUUCCAGCGGAUUUUCCUGUCAAUAUGUGGAAUUGGGAGCUUGAAGACGAAUUUCAAAGGUACCUCCCUACCUAUGUUGACAUAUUGUAUGAAGCUGAUGCAAUGGAUUGUUCAGAGUAUGAAUAUCCAUGCCAGUCUACGCUUUUUGAGAAACUGAGGCCUGAAUUUAGAUUAAAACAUGGCAUUAGCAACAGUCUGGAUGAUCAUGUUAGGAUUAUACGUGAUAUGGUGUAUCGAAAAUUACCCGCAGCAUGGUCUGAGAUGCAUUCCCAUCAAAUGGACGAAUGGCUUUGUAAACUAAUUUCCUUGAAACCUUACCUUACACACUCUAAUAAACGCCAUAGUGCCAUGGCUCGGCUUAUGGAAGACUUGCCGAUUGAUGCAAAGCUUUCUCCAUUGGACGUGAAAGAUGCGAUUGCUACUUUUUACAAUGUCAUAUUGUACUACUUGGAACCUAAGUUUCAUCCUCUAAUACGGGAGGGUCAAAAGGACUUCCUUAUAAAGAUAGCUCAUCAGUUUAAUUUUGCACAAGAGGCCAAUUCGUGCAAGCCCCUCGAGCCGGAAUUCAUAGAUUCUCCUGGCCAUUUGCAGCCUUACGCAUGUGAAUACAUCUAUAGAAUGAAUAUAUAUUGCAAUUAUUUUGAGGCAAGAGAACAUGUCCGUCUGCAUCAGGAGUUUGACCAAUAUUUGGCCUCAGGGGAACUGGACGAUAAUGUCUAUAAGUUUAAUUCUUCACAUGAUAAGUCUGUUCUGCAAUUUGCUGAGAAACACGUUGUGAAAAGUCGGUUUGGGAAGCUUGACCAUAAGCUCAUGAAAUUAUCUUUGGAUGAUCGAGCUCACAUUGUGCACGCGCAACGUCAAAUUUAUACUUAUUGUGAAAACUUGAGAGACAUCCUCGCGAACAAGGAGUUGAAUGUGAGCAUCCAAAAACUGAGGAACAAGCUAGAGGAGGAAGGCUUUUUCGACGUCGAUAACGAUUCUAUCGACUGGGACAAGCCAUGUUUUGUAUCGCUUAUAGGCAGAUUUAAGCAGCUGGUUUUCAAAGGACAUGGCUGCCCCAGACAUGUUGUUGUUCAAGGAAUUAUGGAGUACUGGGCAAUCUCACAAAGAAGCGGCGUAAAAACUGGACAGUUUUCUCUUGAGAAGGUUGUUGAAGAAGAGUGUCGUAGAUGGAAGAAAAACAUUGCAGAUCUUUGGAUGGAUACAAGAUACUACGAGGAAUCAUAUCAUGACAUUCUCAGAAAUCCUUUGACAAAGAUACUCUGAUGCAUGCAGAGUUCAUAACUCAGGUUUUGGAGUCAGCAGUUUCAGCCAACAAUACAUACAGGAAACCUUCUUUGCUGGUGAAUUAAUAUUAGCAAUUCGGAAAUUUCUGUCACUACGGAUUUGAAACACGAACUCGAAGCACACACACCGACAGAAAUGAAAAGUUCUUAAUUAACUUGACUUCUCAACGGCCGGAAAGACAUGCGUCCCCGUCAAUCCGCUGCUUGAUCUAGCCACUAUUACUACAAAAUAGCUAGCUCGAGUCCAGCUUACACAUGACCGGUUCAUGCAUAUGUACUCCCUCCGUUCUUAAAUAUAAGUCUUUUUAGACAUUUCACUAUGAACUACGUACGAAGUAAAAUGAGUGAACUUACACUCUAAAAUAUAUCUAUAUACAUCCGUAUAUAGUUGGUAGUGAAAUCUUUAAAAAGACUUACAUUGAGGAACGGAGGGAUUACAUCAGCCAAGUCAACCAGCCGCAUGUAACCAUCAGGGUUAGUGAGCUCAUUUUCUAAAGAAAUCAGGGUCAGUGAACUAAUGUUUGUUACUCCUUUACUAUAUAUACGUACUAUUUGUGUAUCAUAUCAUCAACGACGCCCUGUCUGAGAUUGUUUCUCGGUGAGCCAAUUGAAUGACGAGUGGUGGCAACUACCGGUCGGUGUAGUAACGUUCCAACGAAGCAAAAAGAUCCAACAAAAAAUCAUUGAUAAUUUUUAGCACAUGCAUGGCAACAUAUGUAUACACAACAUAUGCCAAGGCUAGGUCUUCGAA